AUCGAUAAGUGGAAAAUCGACUUUUGGAUCCCUAUUCUUUUGUCAUCAAUUAGAGAAUUAAUUUGUAAAAUUAUUAUUUAAUUAACGUUCGUUCUAUCUAUUUUGAAUUCUUAUGAUUGAGGUUGGCUGAGAAAACCUUUGACGAACUGAGAGCAUAGUUAGCUAGGCAGCAAACAAGAAAAUGAACUUUGUGAUUAAAGUACACUAAAGACCACCAAACCCACUCAGAUAUUGUAAAUAACAACUAGAAAUUGAGACAAAUGUCGCCUCCGAAAGUCUGCAGUGUCUGUGGAGAUAAAGCUUUGGGAUACAAUUUUAAUGCAGUGACAUGUGAAAGUUGUAAAGCGUUUUUUCGUCGCAAUGCUCUGACCAAGAAGCAAUUUACAUGUCCCUUCAAUCAGAACUGCGAAAUUACCGUUGUUACUCGAAGAUUUUGCCAGAAAUGUCGACUAAAGAAAUGUUUGGACAUUGGCAUGAAGAGCGAAAACAUAAUGUCGGAGGAAGAUAAAAUGAUCAAACGACGUAAGAUAGAGACCAAUCGAGCCAAACGAAAAUUAAGCACAAGAAUGUCUAUAGACGUCAUUUCUUGUGAUCUUGAGGGCGAUGAGGACGAACGGGACGGAAUAAGAGGUAAUGCCGGAAAUCGGGAUGUAUGUCGAGGCGAUAUUGCAGCGGCUGACAGCAGUAGCACUACAUGCGUUACCAAUGACUCGCGUAGUAGUGGCUCGUACGAUCUCAACAUAGGAUCAAGCAGUGUGACUCAUUCAUCAAUUGUUUCGCAUUCUAAACUCCAACUACCCAUCGGUGAUUACAUGGUGGAUGUUAAUCCAGACCUAAUGUCUGGAGAAAAAAUGGUAGAGUUUAUUGUAUGCGAUCCAGAUCGUGCUUCGCAAGCAAUCAGCAAACUCAUGCGUACUCCAGCAGAAGCUUUGUCUACAUUAGAGAAAAUUAUCAACUCCCAAAAGGAUGCCCUACGCUUGAUAUCGCACCUAAUUAAUUACCCAGGCGAUGCCUUAAAGAUUAUAAGCAAAAUCAUGAACUCACCCUUCAACGCCCUUACAGUAUUCACAAAAUUCAUGAGUUCACCCACCGACGCCUUAGAGAUCAUAUCAAAGAUUGUUAGUUCUCCUCAGGAUGUGUUGCAGUUCAUUAAAAAUCUAAUGGACUCACCCGAAAAUGCCAUGGAUAUAAUGAAUAAAUUUAUGAAUACACCAGCUGAGGCUUUAAGAAUGUUAAACAGGAUACUAAAUGGACCCAGUGAUGGUAUGGACCCAACUGAAAAUAUUGUCGGUGACUCCCUUAAAUUGUCUCAAAUGGAAAACUUAGUAACUGAACCUACAUGGGAGAAAAAUGAUACUACGACAAAGGUUUUGGCAUCUAAAUUACAAAAAACAAAUGAACAUACUUUAAUACACUCAAUGCUUAGCUAUCCCAGUCCAAACAAUAUACUGCCUCCCAACCCAUCACCAUCUCCAAAUACCCCGCUUUCAAUGGAUAGCAGUAAUUAUGUAACUCCACCCCCUUCAACCGGAGAGUCUUUAAAUAUGGCGGCGUCACCUUUGGGAUACCACUCGUCGCCGGGCAUUUCGACAACCAGUGUCAAUUCCAUUAUAUCCUCGCCUCACGAUGACCAACUUCCGAGCACAUCAACGGUUGGACUGUUGUCUCCCACGGAGGAAGAUGCAGCCGCUGCCGCCGAAUUUGCCAACGAGCACUUUGAUAUCAAGACAUUCAUACAAAAUCCUUUUCCGGAAAACGCUGCUGGCGAUAGUUUAAAUUCCCUGGAAUCCGUACUCACCGAAGUCAUUCGCAUUGAGUUUCAGGCAUUCAAUAAUUUGCCACCCGAGCGCGUUAAACAAGAAAAUGCUAAUCCUGGGUUUGCAACGAGAUGUGAACAAGCCUAUGGUCCCACCGGAGGAAGACACAUGGCAUGCUUUCCCCAACAAAUACCGCUGCAAUGUCAACAGCAGCAAGUAUGUUCACCCUCCAGUGUAAUGCUAUCAAGAGAUUUAAAUGAAACAGAACUGGUGAAAUUGCGAGAAUUAAAAUUGGCCAGUGAAGCUCUCUAUUUACCUGUUGAUGAAGACUUGAGUGUCCUAAUGAGUGACGAUAGAAUAAAGCCCGGGGACACCCAUCAAGAUCCAAAGUUACUGCAGGUUAUCAAUCUAACUGCUGUUGCUAUAAAACGCCUAAUUAAAAUGGCUAAAAAAAUUGCUGCCUUUCGUGAUAUGUGCCAAGAGGAUCAAGUUGCUCUCCUGAAAGGAGGAUGUACAGAAAUGAUGAUAAUGCGUUCCGUUAUGACAUAUGAUGAUGACCGUAACACUUGGAGGAUUCCUCAUACCAAAGAAGAUAUGUCAAAUAUCAGGGCAGAAGUUCUGAAAUUGGCCAAAGGCAACGUUUACGAAGAGCACCUUAAAUUUAUAAGUACCUUUGAUGAAAAGUGGCGUAUGGAUGAAAAUAUUAUAUUGAUAAUGUGUGCUAUUGUUUUAUUUUCACCCUCGAGACCACGUAUUAUUCAUUCCGAUGUAAUACGAUUAGAACAGAAUUCCUAUUAUUAUCUUCUGCGAAGGUAUUUGGGGUCUGUUUAUCCCGGAUGCGAAGCCAAAUCCGCGUUCAUCAAACUUAUACAAAAAAUUUCGGAUGUAGAACGUCUGAAUCAAUUUAUUAUCGGUGUCUAUUUAAAUGUUAAUCCAUCACAGGUUGAACCACUGUUAAGAGAAAUAUUUGAUUUGAAAAAUCACUAGUUUUCAAUUGUGUGUAACUUUUCAUAUGUCUUUAUUGUAAAUUGUAUUGUUUGCUUAGAAACUAGAUGUUUUCUUUUAAUAGAUUUACUGUUUGUUAUAUAUUUUUAAGCAUAAAAUGCAAUAUUUGUAAU